CUUGAGUUAGCUCCAGUAGUAGAUGAAGUGCUCACAGGGACCUACAGGCAGCUCUUCCACCCGGAGCAGCUGAUCACCGGGAAGGAAGACGCAGCCAAUAAUUACGCCAGAGGCCACUACACCAUCGGCAAGGAGAUCGUUGACCUGGUCCUGGACUGGAUCCACAAACUGGCGCAUCUGUGCACAGGGCUGCAGGGCUUCCUCAUCUUCCACAGCUUCGGGGGUGGCACCGGUUCUGGCUUUGCAUCUCUGCUCAUGGAGAGCCUGUUGGUGGACUAUGGCAAGAAAUCCAAGCUUGAAUUUGCCAUUUACCCAGCCCCCCAAGUUUCCAUGGCCAUAGUGGAGACCUACAACACCAUCCUGACCACCCACGUGACCCUGCAACAUUCUGACUGUGCCAUCAUGGUGGACAAUGAAGCCAUCUAUGACAUAUGUCAGCACAACCUGGAUAUCAAGUGGCCCACGUACACCAACCUCAACCAUCUGAUCGGGCAGAUCGUAUUCUCCAUCAUGGCCUCCCUGCGAUUUGACAGGGCCCUGAACAUGGACUUGAUGGAAUUCCAGACCAACCCGGUCCUGUACCCCCGCAUCCACUUCCCCCUGGCCACCUACGCCCCGGUCAUCUCAGCAGAGAAGGCCUACCAUGGGCAGCUGUCCGUGGCCGAGAUCACCAAUGCCUGCUUCAAGCAGGCCAACCAGAUGGUCAAGUGUGACCCUCAUCAUGGCAAGUACAUGGCCUGUUGCAUGUUGUACAGGGGGGACAUGGUUCCGAAAGACGUCAACGUGGCCAUCGCCACCAUUAAGACCAAGCGCACCAUCCAGUUUGUGGAUUGGUGCCCGACUGGAUUUAAGGUAGGACUGGGUGGUGUGGAGUGGGUCUACCUGUUUGCAAGCAGCAGACCCUGCAAUAGAACAUGGCCCUUUGCAGAGAAUUCCUCUGUUCCCCGGCAGCUCAGCUCUUGGUCAUAACUUAGGGAACCAGAGUGAUCAUUUAUUCAGUGGCAUCUUUUGAACUUCCUUCCUGAGUCAUCACACUAUAUAUUGGUGGUGAGAGUAUUUUUUCUUUAACA